CCGGUUUCGAGCGUUCGCUUUUGAACACCAGCUGUGUUUACGUUCGCACGCGAAGAUCACCGCCCAAACUGUAUGUUUUUCAAGGAUCAGCGCGAAUUUUUAUCAUAAAAAUGUCAAAUUCAUAUGAAAUGGAAGAGUUAGCAAGGAUGAAGCGGUCAGAGUUACAAAAAUUGGCCAAACAACAUGGUAUCAAAGCUAACAUGAAGACUGAUGGUUUGAUCAAGGCCUUAGCAGCAGUAGUAGUGGGCUCAAACAUGGAAGGAAACAACAUUGUGCCAGCAGCAUCAUCGGAAGAAGAAGCAACUACCACCUCGGCCUCCUCCACAGAAGAUCAGUCUGAGGUUGAAGCAUCCGAGGAAAAACCUAAAGCUAGACGGGGGAGAGGACGCAAACAGAAAAAUGUAAAACAAACUAUCAAGGAAUCACCAGUGAAGGAAACAAAGACAGAUGUGGUUGCUGGUGGUGACAAUGCUGUUGUCACAACUUUCCCAACUCCAGAAUCAGAAAGCCAGACGUCGAGUGUUACAGAGGAUGAGGUGUCCCCAGUAGCCAAGAAAUCCAAAGCCAAAUCUAAAGGGAGAGGACGGGGCAGGCGUGGAAGACAGACUAAGGAGGAACCUGUGGAGGAGAAGAAGACGGAACAAGAGGUUGCUCCAGUAGCAGCAGUAAUUUCCUCUCCAGCAAAAAUCCCAGCAGUCCCAGGCAGGCGAUCUCGUAGCUUACAAAGAACAUCUGCUGUCAAUGAACCAACGCUACCCACACCACCAAACUCAGGCUCCAGUAGAAAAACCAAGAGAGCAAUCAGACGCACCACCCAUACACCUCAACCAGCAGCCCCUGCUCAGCCAACUCCAUCCACACAGACCCCCAAUGACGCCCCAUCUUCCAACAAAAGAUCAUCCAGGGGGGCAAACAAAACCCCCCUCACGGCCACACCCAAGACCACACCCACUGCGAUCAAGACAACGACAGAACCAAAGCCCAGAGGGUCAACGGGAAAGAGGUCAGCAAGCGGGUCAGCUGGGGGAAAGGCCAAGAAGGUACGAAGGGGGACGUUCGACAAGUCGCCGGCGAAGGAAGUCGCUGUGGAGGCAGCAAAGAGCGGCAGUACCCUGAAAGAUGAAAUCAUGGCAGAGAUUGACAGGAAGGUCCAGAUCCAAGUUGCUAAAUCCAAGAGUUGUAUCCCCACCAGAGUUCAGGCAACAAAGAAGAAGACUCCGGGCAAGAACUGGUCCAAGACUCACCAUGGAGCCCUGGACAAGAUGGAAUCCAUUGAUUCCUAUCUGGAGAGGAAACAGAGGAGGGCUGAAGCGAUCUCUGCCUCCAAGAAGCCCAGGAUUCCAGCCAAAACAAAGCCUGUCCUUAAAGCAGCAAAGAGCUUCAACUUUGCCUCCCCCAAGCCAGGUACAACCAAGUCCCAGACCUUCAACUUUGCUUCUCCCAAGCCCACCAAGGCAACCAUGCCCAUCAACCCCAAGUCAGUCAACCCAAAGACUGUCUCCUUCAAGGUGUCCAAGCUCAAGACACCCAAGAAGGUCAUCCUGCCCAGUAGCGUUCCCGCUCCGGCCAUCGACAAGCGCAAGGCCACUCCUGGAGUCCGCAAGUCGAUCUCAGCGCUGACUCCAGGAUCUGGGGUGAGGAAAUCAAUUGGAGGAGCGACUCCAGUCAAUGACAGGAAGUCCUUCGGAGCUGCAAGGACACCCUCCAGGAAAUCAGUUGGUGGUGCAGUGACUCCAUUUGGAAAGACAGCAGCAUCAGCAACCAAACCUAACAAUAUUUUUGACAUUAAAGCAUCGUUAUCCAAGCCCCUGGCGUAUAAACCCCACACAGGAAAGCUAAAGCCUUUUGGCGAGACCCAACAGAACAGUCCCUCUAACCUGUCCAAGGCCAAGGCAUUGAUCAAGAAGCCUCAGCUGAAGGGACGCGAUAUCAGGAGGGCGGGGAACAGGAUGAAUCGCGCUCAGAAGAGGAACGAUAGCUACAUGGCCAACAGAGGGAUCGCAGGCUGCUAAAAAAAAAUUGUAUUUAUUCCUUCCUCUUAAAACUAAUCUGCACUAGUUUGGCCAGGAGGGAUUAGACCUCCCAGCAUGGUCACUGACAGGUGAUUAUUUCAUCAAAUUAGCUCUCAAUUAACAUAAGAAAAAGGGGAUCAUGGGGGACCAACGGGUACCGCAAAGGCAUUGUUUGCUAUAUAGUAGUGCAGUGGGUCUUUUAAAGAUAUUUACGAUAAUAAAGAAUGAACUAAAAUUAAUUGCUGGUUUCGCUAGUGAAAUACACAUUUAGGAUUAGGUACAUUAUAUUGAUGCAUUUAUAUUGAAUGGCAUCAUAUCUUCUAAAAGGGAACAGUGCGAACAAAUUACUCCAAGAUCUUAUUGUUGAGCCUUGCAAGAUGUCUCAAGGAAGUAUGUCAGGAAUGUAGAAAAGUAGAACAACUAAGAUUGUCAUUUACAUAUUUCAAUGUUUUGGGGGUUUUUUUCUCAGUAUUUUAACAAGUACCGUUCUUUUAACAGCAACUCAGUGAUGGGAUUUUUAAACCAUUCUGGCUUUAUUUUAUCAUCUUUAGUUUUUAUACAAUAUCUGUCUCGCCUUUUGUGCCUGAUUGUCGAUACCAAUUUCUGUUGAACCAGUUUUUAAACCAUGUUUAAUUACAACACCAUUUAUGCCAAAUAUUUGAUAUAAUUAUUCAAAUUUUAAGAUGCAGUUAAUGAUGUAAAUUUCCUCCAACUGCCCAAACCUUGCUUUAAAAUUGAUCUCUGUCUCUGAUGUAUGGAGUGAUUUUUUUUUUUUUAAACUGUUCCUUUUAUUUUCAUUCAAAGCAUUUUAAAUUUGUUAAGCUAUUUCUAAGGUAUGCACUAACUAGAAACUUUCCAGGUACAUGUAUAUAAAAGUUUCAUCCUACAAAGUACAACGUCAUUGAAUCACAACCCUGGCCUUUUUUUCUAUACAUUUCAUACAUUUCGCCACCUGGAACUGGAAAUUGGCACUUAUUGUCCUUUCAUGAAUGUUACAGGUCUCAUAAAUUUCAGGUUUAAAUGUAUAUAGUAUGUACAGUACUUUAGAAUCGAGAGAAAUAUUGUUUUAAAAUGCUCCUGCUGUCGAUAAUGAAGUUGACUUGUCAGGAGUGUGAUUGACAGCCUUUUCACACAUGGGUAAAAUUCUUGAAAGCUGAUUAGUUUAAAGAGUUUCAAACUAAUCAGCUUUAGAUACAACAGCGGUCCUUCGAGAUUCACUGCUCGUAAAUGCGCAAUGGCCCUACUGAGCGUUUACAGACCAGUUUAAACACAUAUAUCCGUUCACACACAAAAUGUCUUGCUCUCUAGAUACAGACUUCGUAUCUGUAGCCUGCUUUGAACGGCGUAUGAAUCGUGACUUCGUAUCCGAACAUUGUAUAAAUGACGUUCACACAGAAAAUUUACUUAAAAGCUCUAGAUAUGAUGAAUUUUAACCGUGUGUGAAAAGGCUGCUAGAGGUUUACAAAUAUGCACUACUGAUUGGUAAGAUUUGAAUUGCUAUCAUUGGGGGAUUAUCCUUAGUUCACCCUCCCUUCUCUCGCUCUCUCUCUCUCUCUCUCUCUCUCUCUUCUACUGUGUGAAUGGAAUAAAUGUAUGAAUAAUCAUAUGUACAUUCAUAGUUAAUUAUCUAUACUUACAAAUGUAGAUGUGCUCACUUUUGACUAUAGAAAUUCAUGUAAAUAUUUUUAUUCUAUUAUUAUAAACAUGAAACUUAAAAUUGUAAGUGAUGUUUGGGCUAUAUUGGUUUCACAAAUGAUUGUCAAAUGUUUUAACUUCCUUUCUAACUUACAAUGAACAAAAUAUUGAUGUAUAUAGUUUUAUACCGUUUGUUGGAUUGGAAUGUAGAAUCCGAAUUGCAGGUGUUGUUCUUAAAAUGUAUGUUUACAUUACGUAUUUGUAAUAUCUAAUGUUUUACUACAUUUUACUGCAUUUUAACUAUAACCAGUACUUUAAUUAAUUAAUUUUAGAAGGUAAUAGCUGUUCCUUUGUAAAUCAAUGUAUGGACAAGGUUUUUUCUAUGGUGUUUGAUGGAACAGUACAGUAUUUUCUUGCUCAUGCCUAAUCCCAUAACUUUUCAAAUCAUGUACCAUAUAACACUCUAGUCUGAAUUGUAAUGUAUUUACCGGUGUAUACCUAUGAAAAACCUAACCCAUUAUUUUGUUGAAAUAUCUGAUAAAAUGCAUGUAAAUAUGUAGAAAUGCACAUAGAUCAAAUGCAAAACAGCAUUUGUGGCUUUGUAAAUAAUAAAAUAAAGGCCUUUCUUGUACAUGUACAUUACAUGCCUCCUAGUAACAUUAA